AUGGUGUUUCGCGAGUACCUGCUCCACGGCCAUGUGGAUGGCACCGUGGACUCCAGCCUCAUGAUCCACGACGAGGAGUGGAUGAUCCUCGAUGCCACCACCAUCCGCUGGUUCUACCUCAUCAUCUCCAAGGACCUCUUCCAGACGGUGGUGGAUGAUGACGACGAAGCCUACGCCGUCUGGACCAAGCUCAAUGGCCUCUUCAUCGACAACAAACUGCAGCGCAAGGUCCUCCUCCACGGCGAGUUUCACGGGUGCCAGCAGCUUGACUCAUCCAUCGAUUAUUUUUGCAUGCGCCUCAAAAAGCUUGCCGAUGAGCUCUGCGAUCUCGGCGAGACGGUCGGCGACGAGCUCCUCAUCAGCACCCUCACCGCCGGUCUCAAUGAGGACUUUGGGAACGCCGCCUCCAACCUCACCCUCAUCUCGGAGCCCACCUUUGCCAAGGUGGUGGUGUAUCUCAAGUUGGAGGAGCGCAGGAUGAAGAUGGCCCGGACUCGGGCGACCAACACCGCCCUCGUCACCGGCACCCGAGAGGGCUCGACGCCACCUCUACCGCGUCCCGCGCCGGCCCCACCGGCUGCGCCGGCCUUUCCCCAGGCGCCGGCUGCCCCCUUCCCGCUACCCCCGCCAGCCGCUAACGGGGGUCGCCGCGGAGCCGCAAGCAGCAGCAGGGCGCUGGGGAUCAGGGUAGCAGCCCGCCCCCAGCAGCAGUAUCAGCCGGCCCCGUGGUACGCCGGCCAGAACCCGUGGACCGGCGUUGUGCAUGCCUACUCCAUGCCAGUUCCCCGUGCCCCUGCCCCGGGUAUCCUCGGCACGCGGCCUCCCUCCCAUCAGGCGUUUUACGCCGUGCCACAGCCCUACGCGGCGCCCUAUGGGCCGCUCUCCUACGAACAGCCGCCGCAGCUAGGAGGGCUGCCGCUGCUGCCCCUGACGAAGCCGCCUCAGCAGCCUGCACUCCCACCCGCACCGUGGGACCCGACUCUCUUGGCGGCCCUGCACUCUGCUCCCUCUCUUUCCACCUACACCGGCGGCGGCGAUUGGUAUAUGGACACUGGAGCUACUGCGCAUAUGGCUGCUCAUCCCGCAGUAGGUACCUCUCGUCGCCCCGUCGCCACCGGCCACCGGCGGCCCUUCGGCGACCCCGUCAGGUGGACCGCCUCCGGGCUUUGGCGGUCCUUGCACCGUGGGACGAGAUGCGCCUCGCGCCCCCAUGCCGCCUUCGCCAUCACCGCCGCCGCCCUCCCCGGCUGCCUUGGGCACUGCCCCUUCGCCGGCCGCCUUAUCGGCGCCCUCGCCCGUGGCCUCGUCGGCCACCUCUGCGGCGCCCUCGCCCGUGGCCUCGCCAGCCGCCUCGUCGGCGCCCUCGCCGGCUACCUCGCCGGCUACCUCGGCUGA